GGAGUUUUAAGUGGUGGCAUAUGCGAAGAUGGAAGAGUGGAAAAUGAGCAUUGGUAUUCUGAGCGACCAAGUCCUCAACAGGCUGGCCAAAAUGUUGGACAACUCCACCUGCGGAUGGAGACAGCUGGCCAAUGCGGUGUCUGAGCAACCCAAAUUCCGCUGCAGUGAAAGUGAGCUGACCAGCUGCUCACUUCAGGUGCUGACUGCUACAGGCAGCCCUGGACGGACACUACUGGCUCGGCUGGCUGAUCGUUCCUGCUCCCUGGACUUCCUGCUUUACUGCCUGAGGAAGAUGGACCACCAGGAGGCCAUGCAACUCCUCACCACAUCUGUGGCAGAGCUGAUCCAGAUCACAGUACAGCCUCAGUCUCAGCAGUCCAUAGUCGGGGGCAGGGUGGUAUUGACCUGCAGGGCCUCUGGUGCCCCUGGACUCACCUACCAGUGGUUCAAAGGCAAUAAAGAGGUUCUAGAUGAAACUGGAAAAACAUCAGAGCUGGUUCUGUGUCCUUUGGCGAUGGUGCACCAGGGUCACUAUAUUUGUAGGGUCCACCAUGGAGAAAACUUCAUCUUCUCCCAGUGGGCUCAUGUUCGCUUGGUCAGCUCUGCAGGCUCUAGUCCAGGCUGCAGCAGCCUGUUUCCAGGUUCAGUGAGUGGGCUGCAUAUCAUCUGUCACCCCCAGUCCCAGUUGGUGUCUGAGGGCAACACACUGUCCCUGGAGUGUGAUGCUAAGGCCAACCCUCCUGCCCAGUACCAGUGGUACCACAACAUGGUUCCCAUGCCACAACACCAGACACAUUCACUCAAAAUCCCGUGUGUGACCACGGCACACAGAGGACAGUACGAAUGUAAGAUAUACAAUCUGUAUCAUGAGGUGUGGAGUAACCCAGCAACAAUCACCAUUGGCCCCAGUUCCGAUGAUGAUGCGUCCUGGGUAGAAAUUCAUCGCGGUCGAGCAACAGACAAAGUUGCUCUCCUGAUUGGUAACAUGAACUACCUCUACCACACUCAGCUGUGCGCUCCCAUGGCUGAUGUGCAUGAAUUGACCAACCUCCUCAGACAAUUGGACUUCAAGGUGGUUUCCCUGCUUGACCUAAACUGGCAGGAGAUGCAUAGUGCUGUUACGGAGUUCCUACUGCUGCUUGACAAGGGAGUCUAUGGCUUGCUAUACUUCGCUGGUCAUGGUUAUGAGAACUACGGCAACAGUUUUAUGGUUCCCAUCGAUGCGCCAGCCUCCUACACAUCAGAGCAUUGUUUGUGUGUACAGAAUAUACUCACCAGGAUGCAGGAGAAAGAGACUGGACUCAACGUGUUUUUGCUUGACAUGUGCCGCAAAAGAAACGUAAAUGAUGAUAUCAUUGUCCAACCUGCACUGCUGAAGGUGACGGCAAACAUAGUGUUUGGAUAUGCCACAUGCGCUGACGCAGAAGCAUAUGAAGUGAAGAAGGAGGACGUGUCCAAUGGCAUCUUCAUAAGCUUCCUCAAACGGCGGGUUUGUGAAGAUGAGAAGGUCACAGUCAUGCUAGACAGGGUGGCUGAAGACAUGGGACGAUGUCGGAUCACUCAAGGGCGGCAGGCUUUGGAGCUACGCAGUAAUCUAUCUGAACGACGUUCCCUCACUGACCAGAUUCAGACCUCUGACUGUUCUGCAGCCAAUUCAGCUCGAAACCUGCAGUGGGCCGUUGCUCAUGUCCUGCCUGAAAGAACUUGCCUGAAGUUUGAUUGUGGGGUGACGGUUCAGCUCGGGUUUGCUGCAGAGUUCUCCAACAUCAUGGUUAUCUACACUCGCAUACUUGACAAGCCCAAAGACAUUGUUUCCUGCUCUGCUGAGUUUACUGAUUUCCCUGAGGAUGUGGACAUUGACCUGAAGAAGAGUAAUCAGGAAACUCUGCUUGAGGCAGGCAGUUUAUUAUUGAUCAAAGAAAAUCUUCCUUCUCCGGAGGUCCCCAGUCUCUACACGCGGAUUCGAUGCCUGCAGAGACUCAAGAAGGACCUCACAUUCACCGUCUGUCUUCACUACACUUAUUGCAACAUGGAUGAGGAAGUAGAGGAGAGACAAUCAUACAGAGUUGGAAAACCUCUAGUCUCCAAACUCAACCUCCAUGAACCACGACUGCCUCACAUCUCCUCCACCUCUUCAUCCCUCAGCCUCAGCGUUGCUGAGUGCUCCUCCUUUGCUGAGGCCUUUACCUCUGUUGGGUCAGCCUAAUGGUCAUGUUAUACACAAACAUGCAGGAAUCUGCUACUGCUGACACAUGGUGAUGAGAAAUACAAUUUUCAUUCCCACUAAGUAUGAUUACACCUAUCAUUCGACAACACCUUGGUAAUAAAACAGUACAAAUGUCAAAAGAUGGGAAAUAAAGCUUGUGAGUUUGCCAUUUUAGUACAUUUGACACAUGACUCAAGUUUGUGGUCAGUUUAACUGUUCUUGUCUUACAGGUAUCCAUGCAUUAAGUUUUUGUAAUAUUUUAUAAACAUUUUUACAAUAAUGUAAUGCACUAUAAUGCAAUGCAAAAUAUAACACAAUGCCUAUCAAGUGUUUUGUUUGCAAGGGAAGAAAUAAAGCAAUCUUUGAAGAUUAAUUGUAAUAAACCGUGUAUGUCCUCAGCCUUGUGUAACGUUUAAUACAUGUAUGUGCAUUUCUUGUGUCCCCAUUUAA